AUGUACGCCGCUCAGAAUAUAACGCCAACAGUUUUGGAUGCCAUGAAUGGAAAUGUUUCCGAAUGGUAUAACGAAUGCGACAAUGCCAUUAGAAGGUCAGAAAUAGUUCCUGGAACUUACGAAUAUACAACUGCUGUUUCUUAUGGAAACGUAGGUGAGUUUGGAGAAGGUUCUUCAACAACAGUAGAUAUUGCUUGCGACAGGUUUCAUAUAAUUUCUAUUGACAACUCUUUCUUAUACGUGGAACAAGACAUUGAAAUAAAACCUUCUGCCAAGUUGUCUGACAAGAAAGGUUGCAAUGGAAUUUUCUAUGUCGGAUACCAAUAUGCUCCAGAAGUUUUCAUGGGAUAUAAGAUAUAUUCUAACUCUGACUUAGUUCAAACAGUAACAUGGGCAAACUAUGAAUGGUUCGCUUUGAGAAACUCAGUACAACCACAAGCUAGAGAACAAACAGACCAGUAUGCAACUAUUGAGAAAAUAAGAAGACUUGACCCUAACGUUCCAGGAGUUUAUGUUAACCUUUCUGGACAAACUGCAGCAGCAGUAACCAAAGUAAAACUGAAACUUAGAGUUCCUUUGUCAUCUUUCCUCAUCUUCAG